GUCUCUCGGUCUCUGCCUGAGUCGCUCCGGCUCCUGCCCGGGAGGGAUUUGGGGUGCUGUACUCUUUGAUUUUUGAGAAGGGAGAGGGGGGGGCGGAAAGUCGGUGGGUUUUGUUCAACCUGGUCCGACGUAUUUAUUUUGGGUUAAAACGCUUAACCCAACCCUCCGAGAGGAAAAAAAAAAUGGCUGGAGAGAGGCAAACCUAACCCUAAACAUUUGCCACAAAAGUUUAAACGGGGAAGAAAUUGCUAAAAAUUUGCACCUUUUCCUUUCUUCCCGCCCCCAUCUGUUUUUUCGGAACAGCCCAGCGUCUGAAACCUCCUUGUUUGUAAAGUCGCUACCAUGAAGUGAGAGGGGGAAACGCAGGCUACCGAGUUGGCGCCUUGCUGCCCUGGGCACAGGCCGCCCACUGCCGGCUCCUUCCUCAGGGAGAGGCCCAAAGGAACGCGAAAAGCAUCGGCCAUGCUCAGCCCCAGCUAAAUCGGGCUCCCUACGGAGCUUAGAAGCAGCGGCAGAGAGAGGAGGAUCCCCGGGGGAUCAGCAGCCCAGGGAGCCCGUGGGGUGUUAGGGAAUGUAGAACUCUUGCCUUCAGGGGUGCGGAGAGUUGGGACUGGGGGAUCAAGUCAGGUUUGCGUCUCUAGGCGAGAUAAUAUUGUCCCUUUACCCCCCACCCGGCCCUCAUCUAUGGCCAUCAUGAUCCCUCUUCUCAGUAGCAGCAGCCUUAGGGCGAUGAUGUGCCUGAUGAUGAGCAGGAUGAAGUUGGAAAUGACUCCACUGUUUUUCCUAUUUACUCUUCUGCAAACCUGCACCGUGUUCUUUGUAGUUGAUGAUUUGGUUGGCAGGGAAAUCUCAUACCUCCCGGGAUGUGCACUCCUCUUCUGCACUCUCUUCUCAGCUCUCCAUCAAGUGUAAUAAUCCUGAAAAAAGGGGGCAACAUAGCAAUAGUGGAAGUCUGAGAAUAAUAAUCAGCAGAGUCAUGAAUCUGGCUGGGGUAAAACGCAAUUUGUAAUUUGUUUUUUAUAUAUAUCUUUUUUUUUUGGUAAGCAAGGCAAAAAUAACCCCACAUGGAUUGGGCUUGUGCCAAUUGCUUUUUAUUGUAUACAUAAAUCGUGAUUUUUUUCUCUUUUCAUUCUCACCCACUUAUUCCUGUGGUUAAACUUUUCACACAAGCAUAUUUUCUUCAAAAAAAAUUUUUCUCUCUCCCCUCCUCCCCACCCCCAUUCCCUUGGGUACUGUUGCAAAACUGCUUCUUGUCCAAUCAUGGUUGGACAACUACAUAUUUUGUUUCUUGCCCCUUUAAUAGGAUAGCCUCAUAAAAUAUUACCUGAGGGGGGUGUGUUGGGUUACAUUUGCGUUUUAUCUAUUCAGUCGUAUUAGCGGGAAUAAAAUGACUUGUUUCUGUUGUACUUGAGUCUUAUGAAAAAGUGCCCAUAGUUUAGUGACAGUUUCCAAAGGCUUUAGUACCACCUGUAUUACAAAAUGGGGGACCCAAACUCCCGGAAGAAACAAGCUCUGAACAGACUUCGUGCUCAGCUUAGGAAGAAAAAAGAAUCUUUAGCUGACCAGUUUGAUUUCAAGAUGUACAUUGCCUUUGUAUUCAAGGACAAGAAGAAGAAGUCAGCACUUUUUGAAGUGUCUGAAGUGAUACCAGUCAUGACCAAUAAUUAUGAAGAAAAUAUCCUGAAAGGUGUGCGGGAUUCCAGCUAUUCCCUGGAAAGUUCCAUAGAGCUUCUACAGAAGGAUGUAGUACAGCUUCAUGCUCCCCGCUACCAGUCUAUGCGAAGGGAUGUGAUUGGCUGUACCCAGGAGAUGGACUUCAUUCUUUGGCCUCGGAAUGAUAUUGAGAAGAUAGUCUGUCUCUUGUUUUCUCGGUGGAAGGGAUCUGAUGAUGAGCCCUAUAGGCCUGUUCAGGCCAAGUUUGAAUUUCAUCAUGGUGAUUAUGAGAAACAGUUUCUGCAUGUUCUGAGCCGAAAGGACAAGACUGGAAUUGUUAUCAACAAUCCUAACCAGUCGGUGUUUCUGUUCAUUGAUAGACAGCACUUGCAGACUCCAAAAAACAAAGCUACAAUCUUCAAGUUAUGCAGCAUCUGCCUGUACCUGCCACAGGAGCAGCUCACCCACUGGGCGGUUGGUACCAUAGAGGAUCACCUCCGUCCUUACAUGCCAGAGUAGGGUACUGGCCAGCAAAAUGGGGAAGAUCACAGAAUGCAGCAGUGAAUUCUCACUUUCCUCGCCACUUCAUUCUUUCAGAGUGUAGAAGAAAAUGGACUCAUGUUCAGAACACUAUACAUUGUGAAACUUGAUCAUCCUGGAUUAUUUUUUAAUCAUUUGUGUGUCAGAACUUUACAAUUUUUUUAAUUGUUUUCUGCAUGGACCUUGUGAAAGAGGAUGCUCUGCAUAUUUUUGCUUUGCGUCAGCAUCUUACGAAAAUGUGAAAUGAAAGAACUGUUAUACACUGAAACAAAUGUAUCUGAAAACACAAGGUGGUCAUUUGUGGUGGUGUUCCCAUUUGUGCUGAUCAUGCCCCCUAACAUCUAAUGUUAGUCAUCAGUAUUUGGAGGGUGAGAAGUGAAUGUAACGGGUAUAAAAGCUUUACAGCUUUGCUGUUAAUGAUUGUUUCAGAGAGCACUAUCCGAUUCAGUCUAAUGAACAGAAGAGUGGCUGUUACAAUAGAAAAGUAAAUGUGGGGAAAGAAUUCUUACAAGGAAAAAACAUCUCAUCCAAUGUAGGCAUUUCUUGCCUUUUUUAAUUUUGCUGGGCCAUGUUUAAGUUUACUGGCACUUUGACUUUUUUCAAUCUUUCCCCAAGUUGCUGUAUAACUGUAUAAAAGAGUAUUCUGUUGAGUUGGAUACAUUUAAGCAGAUUGAGGCAGACCUGGAGUCUGAAGUAGUUUAAAGCAGCUAAAAUUAAAGUAAAAUAGUAGCUGCAGAGACCAUUAUGUUGGUAGAGGAUUAUUUUUUCUUCAGAGUUGAGACUUGUAAACUUACUGGCAAACUGCAGGAAAUACUGGUUUCUAAAUAAUUUCUUAUGGAAAACCUAUGGAGGUUUUUUUUUUUAAAUAGACAUUAUAAAGCAGUUGUGAUCUUCACUGUAAAAUAGUGUUUGGAGUGUCAAAAGUUGGCUCUGGCAGAACAUUUUAAGACUGUGCAAUGAAAUAAGGAAGACUACUGUAUAGUGUUGAUGACAAAGAAGGCUUUGCUUAAGAGUUGAGUACUUUACUGGAGUAAAUCUGUAUAAGCCUGCUCCCUUUGGGUAAAACUAGUGCUUACCUGUUUAAAUUUGUAUUUAGCUUUUGUUUGGAAUUGGGAAAAAAUGGAAACUAAAUAAAUUAGAUGAACAAUGA